AUGGACAGACACCCAUUUGCUAGCGCCAACAAUGAUUCGGGCAGUGCGCAGUUCCCAACAGGCUUAGGAACCCCAAUGAGCAUUAACAACUCCUUUAACAAUUCCUUUAACAAUUCCUUCCGUGUGAAUAACCAAACACCAUUUGAUAAAAACGACCUGACCAAAUACUUUGACAGUUUUCUCAACAAAACGAAUCAUCCAUACAUUUGUUUCGCCCACGUUUUUUUUAAGCUCCUUGCCGUGUCACUAUACUUCAUAGGACCCUUCCUAUUUCGAAGUGAAAAAUCGAAUGAACAUGACUUUAUCAUCACGUUUGCAUUUACCCUCUUUUUAGUUUCUCUGGAUUUUUAUUUGGUUAAAAAUAUUAGCGGCAGGUUCCUGGUAAAGAUGAUAUGGUGGAUCGACGCCAAUGAAGACUACUCCAACAAAAUAAUUUUCAAAUCGUCAGAAGAAAGCCUGCUGAAUGGCACAGACAAGAAGGUUUUUUGGUAUGCACUCUAUGCAAACUUUUUCAUAUGGCUGUGUCAGACGUUACAGAUGUUGAUGUCGUUUCAGUUUUGCUGGUUUUUGUUGUGUUUUCUGUGCCUGUUUCUCUCCUUUUACAAUUUAUUUAAUUUUUGGAAAUGCUCCAAGGAGCAGCAUAAAGUAGUGGGCACCUUUUUGAGCCGCAUCAAUUUGAACCAGUUCUACAAGAAGGUGUUCAGUGGGUAG